AUGAAGUCGUCUCUGUUCCUCGCGGCCGCCAGCGCCAUGCUGGCCACGGCCAGUCCCCUUGGCAAGCGCGCCAUGCACACCGACUGGGUCUACGAGGUUGUCACCGUGACGGUGACCGCCGGUGCCAAAGCCGCCGCUGUUCCCACUGGCGUCUUCGUGGAGCACAAGCAUAGGCCCGAGCCCGAGCCCACGCCGACUUACGUCCCUCCCCCUCCCCCACCCGUCAGCAAGCCAGAGACGACGACGCAGGCUCCUCCUCCCCCUCCCCCUCCUCAGACGACGACCAGCGUUGCCAAGCAGCCUGCCCCUCAGCCCAAGCCCACGACUUCCGCCGCCCCGGCCCCGGCCCCGGCCCCGGCCCCCCCCAGCGGCGGCAACUACGAGGAGGUUAUGGUCUACCGCCACAACAUUCACCGCAGCAAUCACUCAGCCCCUGAUCUGACCUGGGACUCUACGCUUGCUCAGUACGCCGAGAACACGGCCAAAACCUGCGUCUUCGAGCAUGACAUGCACCAGGGCGAUGGCCACUAUGGCCAGAACCUCGCCUCUUGGGGUGGAAGUGGCUCUCUCACCGAUGCCUCCAGGAUGGACCAUGCUGCGGCGGCUGUGUCCGAUCAGUGGUACAACGGCGAGAUGCCCAACUGGCAGUUCUACGGCAUGGACAACCCUCCCUCGAGCUCCAGCCUCCAUGACUGGGGUCACUUCACGCAGGUUGUCUGGAAGGACGCCACCAAGGUCGGCUGCGCCACGGUUAAGUGCGCUGCUGGCACUGUCCUCAGCUUCAACUCGUGGUACACCGUCUGCAACUACAACCCGCCUGGCAACUACGGUGGCAAGUACGGGGAGAACGUCCUCAAGCCCCUGGGCCACAGCAUCGCCACUGUCAACGCGUAA